AUGGCCUCCUCGCUCUCUCAGCUCGCCUCGUCGUCCGCACUCUCCGCGCUUCACGCUCGCGUCGCCCCCAGAAUAGCCAAGCCGGUGUCGCCGUCGGCGCGAUGCGUCGGACCAGUGCGUCUUAGAGCCGAAUCGAAGUCGCCGAAUGUCGAUGCUCGACCAGGCGUCCUGAACCGAAGGGAUCUGUUGGCUGGAUCACUGGCUGCUCCGCUGACGCUGACUCUCGCGGAAGCAGCAAGCGCAGAUCAAGAGGCUUCGGAAUUUGUGACGUUCGACAAUCCCAAGGAGAAAUAUACCUUCCAGGUUCCUGCAGGCUGGGUGCAGAGCGAGGGCACGGCGGGAGUGCGCAAGGUCGUCGCCUUCCACCCGCCCGACCGCACGGAUGCCAACGUGACCAUCCUCAUCACGCCGCUGGCAGCCGAUUUCACGUCGCUGGGGUCGUUUGGCACUGUGGAAGCCUUUGCUGAGACGCUGGUGAACACGCUGGACCGCAGCUGGCAGCCCAGUCCCGGGCAGAAGGCAGUGCUACUGGGAGCCAAGUCCGCCAACGACAAUUACUUGGUGGAGUACACGCUGCAGAAGCCCAGCGAGCCCUGCAUCCACCUCUUAUCUGCUGUGGCCACGGGGCAGAACGUGUGGUACAACAACCUCUUCACCCUCACUGGACAGUAUCCUGAGGAUGAGGCUGCUACAUUCAAGCCAACAGUGGACAAGUGUGCAAAACGCCAGACAACGUAA